AUGGAUCAAGCUUCACUGCUAUUGAACAAGCAAUUGAAGGAACUCACAAAAAGACCAGUGGAUGGAUUCUCCGCGGGCCUGGUAGACGAUAGUAAUUUGUUCGAGUGGCAAAUCACCAUCAUGGGCCCACCUGACACACUCUAUGAGGGAGGCUUCUUCAACGCCACGUUGAGCUUUCCUCAGGACUAUCCGCAGUCACCUCCCACCUGCAGAUUCACGUCAGAGAUGUGGCAUCCAAACGUGUAUCCAGACGGGCGAGUGUGCAUUUCCAUUCUGCACAACCCGGGCGAUGAUCCGCACGGAUAUGAGCGUGCCUCAGAGCGUUGGUCGCCUGUGCACACAGUGGAGACCAUCAUGAUCUCCAUCAUCUCCAUGCUGUCUUCUCCCAACGAUGAGUCACCCGCCAACAUCGAUGCGGCUAAACAGUGGCGAGAGGACAGGGAAGGCUUCAAGCGACGGGUGGCGCGCGUCGUGCGCAAGUCGCAGGAGAUGCUUUAGCUGGCCCACUAGGCCGCUUGUGCGAGUGACAGACUUGCAAGCCUUGAGUGCAAGACUUGCACUGUAAGCGUCAGCUUUGACCUUGAAGAACUCAGGCUCGGCCCUGAUGCUUGUUGCGACAGCAGUGGCAGGAAGGAUGUACCAUUAAGUUCUUUUUGUAGGUGGGAUUUUUCGGAAAGUCUGUUGAAGAGAAUAGGCCCGUGUGAGAGGCGGGUCCAGUGUGCUGCAGCUGUUCACGCGGUCUUCAUCAAAAGCCCCUGACUUGGCUCCCUGCUGGUGUGUGUAUGUACAUGUGUACAAUAUGUAUGUGCAGUGUGGAACUGACUGGUCUGGGUAAAACUGUCGGAGGC